AGCAUUAAAUAAUCAAAUAUUUUAAUUAUGGCUUUAAGGUUAGGUUUAAUUUAUUUGUUUAUUAGAUUUAAAAUUUGACUGAAUCUUUCUGGUGUGGGGCAAAACAAGCCUAAAUUUAUGUACGCCUGUGAGCGCCAUUUCUCCAAAGAAAUGAGGAUGGAGAAAAAGGCUGACUUCCUAAGCGUAUUUGUACAAUGUAGCACAGUUGCACAAACUUUGGCAAUGUAUCGUAUUCCUAAUGGCAACCCUGCCCGAUAAAUGCGCAGAAAAAAGCAAUCGGCGUAUCACUAACAUUGUUGAUGCAUUUAUUCAAUACAAUGGCAACCGAAGAAGAGAGGUAAGCAAAUUUUUAAACUAUUUACUUUUUUACAAUAGUGGUACUCAUUUAACGUAGUAAACGUAUGGCAACAUCGCAAAUUCGCAAUAUCGUAAAACAGCUGUAAUUUUUACAUGCAUUUUAUUUUACGACAAUCUUGCAAAUAUGCGAGACCGUUUUCAGUGGCAACCCUAGCAUUUUGCGCAAUUCGCAAUCAGCUGGAAGCGUCUAUUUGGUGUUUUAAAAUAAAUGGAAGCGAAAAAAAGAUUAAGGCUAAACGGCACAUUUCGUUGGUCUGAAAGCCAAACGAAAGACCUUUUGAUAAAUAUAGUGGACGCAAUAAAAGAGAAUCCGGACCAUUUUGAGGUAAUAUUGAUAUAUUUUUUGUCAUUUCAUAAUUUUGCAUUUUACUAUCUGCUUUUAUGAGGCAUUUGAAAGCGACUUUUUUUAUCUGCGCUCAAGUGGAAAGGCCAGACUGGUGCAGGCUUACUUGAAAGUGGCGAUCCUCAUAGUGUGGAAGAAUACAUAAAAAGAAUAUGUCCUUUUUAUGAAGACCUUCACGUGAUAUUUGGACGUCGCAUAAAUGUUCAGCCACCAGCGAUUUAUCAAUCAACAGAGGUGGUGUCAGCGUUGGACGAUACAUAUAUAGAAUAUAUUGAACCAGAGAUAGACCCCGACACAAGUUCUUCGAGUCCGUUACCCAGUCUGUCCGUUAUUAUAUAUCCGUCUGCAGAUGAAGUAGUUAGUCCGUCCGCUAAUUUUGGAUGCAUAUCUACACCAAGAAGAAAUAUGAAAAGAUCUCAUAGCAGUUCAAAUCCAUUUUCAUUACUUUUCGAAAUCCAAAAUAAGAAAUUGGAACUAGAAACGAAAAAAUUGGAAUUUGAAAAAGAGAGAGAGGAAAACAAUUUUCAAUUGCAGAAAUUACGGUUGGAGAAAGAAAUGGAAAAAGUCAGAUUAGAACACGAGCGAUUGAAUAGCGUAAAUAGCUCAUAAGUUGCCAAAAUGUAAUCAUCUGUAUUCCAAUAUAAGAUUUUUUCCAUUUUGACUUUUUCUUCUUAAUACAUUUGUUGGUUUGUUUUACUUAUAGUGCCUUAGUGAAAAUGGUCCACCUUGCUUUUUUUACUUUCUCCAU